AUGAAUUUUCGAUGGCCUGCUCUUCACAUCUUGCUAUCCAGUUUUCAUCUUGUGCAGACCGAGCAGCUCGGCGGUGAAGCUGCAAUUGAGAAAAAUGAGCUGCACAUGCCAGCGUUCCGGCUCCCAGCCAGUUCAGCCCUCUUGUCAGCUUCUGUGCCCGGAUACGAAGCAGUGGUUGGACGGCCGCUUGAGGUGGAGGUAAAGGCCUUCAGCGAAGAAGGUCGGGCGGUGAGCUUCAUGGCCAAAGGCUGGCAGGCAAGGCAAAUUCAGCAUGCAGUUGACAUGCUGAAUGGUGUGCUCUAUGUGGACCGUAUGGAGACAAAGUCUUUCCGUCGAGACAAAGUUGAGGAGGACCUACCUGAAGGAGUGCCAUAUGGAGUUCGAGCAGCGAAGGUACCGCGCUCGAGACCGAAGUCGUCGACCGGCAAGCGGUCAGCUCGUGCGCGGAGGUAG